AUGAACUCCUUCCGUGUCGCCCGCGCCGCCCUGCGCGUCCGCCCUACCGCUUUCGCCGCUCCUCUGGCCCGUAGAGGCUACGCCGAUGUCGCCUCUGACAAGAUCCAGCUGUCUCUGUCCCUCCCUCACCAAGCCAUCUACAAGUCGCAGGAUGUCAACAUUCCCGCCGAGACUGGUGACAUGGGUGUCCUCGCCAGCCACGUUCCCUCCAUCGAGCAGCUGAGACCCGGUCUCGUUGAGGUUAUCGAGGAGUCCGCCGGCAGCAAGCAGUUCUUCCAAAACUGGAAAGAAUCUGGAAUUAAGAGCAUGGCUAAUACAUGGAACCAUANGUCUCUGGCGGUUUCGCUACCGUCCAGCCCGGCUCCAAGCUCAGCAUCAACGCCGUUGAGGGUUACCCUCUCGAGGACUUCAGCGCUGAGAAACCAGAUCGCCGAGGCUCAGAAGAUUGCAAGCGGCAGUGGCAGCGAGCAGGACAUCGCCGAGGCCAAGAUUGAGCUUGAGCUUUCAGCAAACAUCGAGAAGGGAGCAAUGCCAGACGACAACCAGCCCGUGUGCUAUCGUCAUGGUCGUAAGCUCAAGCUCAGAAAAAGCGUACCAGCUGGCAUGGACAAAGUUUUCAGUGGUGCGUACGUCCCGACUGGUCCUAUGAUCAGACAACAAGUCGACCCGCUGAGCCCGUGGGCUGUUGGAAGACGUCUUACUAAGACUAGUGGAACAACAGUCUCUCCCGAUAUCUGUCCUGACUGCCUUGCCGAACAGCGUAUCAUGGAGCGUGAAAUCGAGACAAACAUCCAGACUCCCCAAACUCGAUCAGGCCGGCCUUUCGUAUCCGCAAGCAGUUCUAUCUUUACCGAGCGUGGGACACCUCCUGCGUCUGACCAGCCAUCCAACGUCCUGGUGGGAACAAGCAUCGACAACCAGACAGUCAACGUACCUGGAGCCACUGUAUCUGAUCUACCACCAGACAAAUUUGGUGGGAUCGUUGCAACCGAUCUCGGCGAAAUGAUUGACGCCAUCAUCGUCGAACACAGCGGCAGUCUGGGCAAAGUCAUCUCCAACAUCCGUAACGGUAUGCCAGAUAGCGAUUGGACCCAAAAGCUCUCGCGCGACCUUACUAAGGUUUCGGAAGCGGUAGCAUCUCUCCCAGAUGAUAACAUCAGACACGCUCCUGCUUUCUCCCGGAACAUCAAUGGCCGACGCUCAAUCAUACUAGAUACUUCACCUGAUUCUCUACGGAAACGAGCAAAGACAAUGCCUGAACUGCUUGAAUUAGUCGAUGCUGCAACGGAGGAGUUUGGCAUGACAAGCUCAAACAAUCGAAAGCAGGAAUUCAAUUUCGACCGCCCGCUCAUGCCAGGCGACUUUCCUCAUACCCCGAGCACUCUCCCAACUGCCACAGUCGACUCACCUGCUGCUCUCCCGCUCAUGCCAUCUUCUUUGCCUGCGCAAUCUAUCGUGUCUGUACCAUCAUAUACAGCGCCUCAAGCACCUCGAUCAAUCCUUGGAUCUGAGCAAUCGGUGGCAGCAAAUCAGGUCUCCCAGGCAUCGAUCCAAAGUUCAGCCAUAUCGAGCGAGCCUCCGGCGUCUCAUGCGGAUGAAUACGAGGCGACUCUUGUAGAGACUGAGACACCAGUUCGAGUCGCGAAUAUACCCGUCAAAGGCAAUCAAGAUCAAAGCGCUCCCAGUGAAGCAUCCACUAACCAGCAGCAGAGUCGAAUUCCGAAGGCUACCACGAUACCUUUGACCAAGCACUUGUAUGCAUCGUCCGACAGACUGCGCUCGGAUCAGACCAGACCAAAGUCUAGUUUGGUAGCCAAGCAACAUCAACAGCAACGAACGUUUCAGCAGAGAUGGUUGAGAGAGGCGGCUGUUGAGAGAGCCGAAAGGCGGAGCCGGAGCAGGAGCAGAGGGGCAAAUCGUGCAUGA